UCCUUCUUUGGUGCCAUGAGCAGUGUGGUCAUUUCCAUCAAAGAAAGAAGAAGCUUCACAGAUCCGGACUACAUCAACAUGAAGAGGACAAGCGCGUGUCACGUGUGGCUCAUGAUGUCACUGCUUCUGUGUGGCGCUGCUGUGGAAGAAAAGGCAAAGAUCAAACAAACGCAGCUGCCCAGUUUACCAAUCAAAGCCGCAGAGGCAUUUCGACCUGAGGGAGCAGAGGACUCGAAUCACAACCAUGAACCAGAUGACUCCGAACCACACACAGCAACAGACGACAAAAGGUUCGACCGCAUUUCAAGUGCCACAUCCUUCAGUAAAUUCGGAAAGCGAGACGACGAUGCAGACGAUGCGGUAGACGAGAAACGAUUCGACAGGAUUUCCACCAUGGGUGCCAUGUCGAGGUUCGGCAAGCGUCCUGCGGAUUUCAACGAAGAUGAGGCUGACUCCGAAAGCAAACGGUUCGAUCGAAUCUCCAGCGCCAACGGCGGUUUUGCUAAAUUCGGCAAAAGAUGGGAAGGUACCGAGGACAGCGGCGACGAGGAGAAGAGGUUCGACAGAAUUUCCAGCUCCAGCGGUUUCUCCAAGUUUGGCAAGCGCCAGGAUCCUCUCGAUGGUAGUGACCAGGACUUUGACAAACGCUUUGACAGAAUUUCCAGUGCCAGCGGAUUCUCAAAGUUCGGUAAGCGGCCAGACGCCAGCGAAGACCUUGGACAAGAAGAUAAGCGUUUCGACCGCAUCUCCAGUGCUACCAGCUACGCCAAAUUCGGGAAAAGAGAUGACAUUGAUGAGGCAAACGGCGACGAAGCCGCUUUUGAUGUCGACGACAAAAGAUUAGACCGGAUUUCCAGUGCCAGCGGAUUUGCUAAAUUCGGCAAGCGCCAACAACAUCUCGAUGACUCCGAUUAUCUAGACGCCAGGGAUAGAAGAUUUGACCGAAUAUCCAGUGCCAGUGGAUUUUCAAAAUUCGGCAAAAGAUUUGACCGAAUAUCUAGUGCCAGUGGAUUCAAAUUCGGCAAAAGAGACGACGAUGUUCCCGAGAUUGAUGACAAAAGAUUUGACCGAAUAUCCAGUGCCAGUGGAUUUUCAAAAUUCGGCAAAAGAGACGAUGACCAGGAGCUUAUCGACAAGAGGUUUGACCGAAUAUCCAGCGCUAGUGGAUUUUCCAAAUUUGGCAAAAGGUUUGAUCGAAUAUCCAGUGCCAGUGGAUUUUCCAAAUUUGGAAAAAGGUUUGACCGAAUAUCUAGUGCCAGUGGAUUUUCCAAAUUUGGCAAACGAGACGACGAUGCUCCCGAGCUCGAUGACAAAAGGUUUGACCGAAUAUCCAGUGCCAGUGGAUUUUCAAGAUUCGGCAAAAGAAAUGAUAAUGAGUUUGCUGACAAAAGAUUUGACCGAAUUUCCAGCGCUAGCGGAUUUUCCAAAUUUGGUAAAAGAUUUGAUAGAAUAUCCAGUGCCAGUGGAUUUUCCAAAUUUGGCAAAAGAGACGACGAUGUUCCCGAGCUUGACGACAAAAGGUUUGAUCGAAUUUCCAGUGCCAGCGGGUUAUCGAAAUUUGGCAAACGGGAAAACUUGCCAGAAUGGGCCGACAAAAGAUUUGACCGGAUUUCAAGCGCCAGCGGAUUUUCUAAAUUUGGGAAACGCCAAAACGAAAAAAGAUUUGACCGAAUAUCCAGUGCAAGUGGAUUCGGUAAGUUUGGCAAAAGAAUGGAUGAAUUGUCUCCGGAUUUUGAAGAGAACUCGCCCGAGUACUUCGGAAUAGCCAAAAGGGCUUUUGACAGAAUUGGCGCGAGCAGCGCCUUUGCUAAGUUUGGCAAACGGGUGGACUCGUCACAGCUUAAGGACGGGGUGGAUGAGAAGAGAGCAUUCGACCGCAUAGCUUCUGCUUCUAACUUUGCUGGCUUCGGCAAGAGAGGUGAUGUGUACGCUGAUGGACCACUCGACGAUGAACUAGCCAAACGCAGUUUUGAUCGCAUAUCCUCGGCCAGUUCGUUCAGCAGGAUCGGAAACGGACCUCACAGCUUUCUAAAAACUAAGAAGGACUUCGACAGGAUCGGUUUAUCGAGAUUUGCUUCUUUUGGCAAAAGAAGUACAGAUUCAACAGAAUUCAACAACAAACUGGAUUUCGUUGCUGCUUCUCCGUUUUCAAGGUUCGGGGAGCAUUCCAGCUUCUCAGCAGAAGAAGGUGACGGUGAGUCUUUGCAGGAUAAAAGUAAUUUGGAUCGGAUUUCCAGCAUGGUUUCCUCGCUUAGAAAGAGCGACGAACAAGAUGGUCAAGCUGAGCAAAGCAGUGAUGGGAUUGAAGGACAGUCUACAGUCAGCCAUAACCUCAGCGCAGACGUGUCCAAAAUGGCUGACACCAAGCAACCCGAAAAAUACGGGACAGGAGAGGAAGGUAUUCGAACGCUGACCAAAAGAGAAUCAAGUGAUGCUUUAGGCACCACACUGCAUCGUGUCAAACGAGGAUUCGAUUCAAUCGGAACAUCUAGCUUCUCCAGAGGAUUCGGAAAGUAUAGAAGAUUAAACUCCCCUGGCAUUUACAGAGACUCUGGAGGCUUAGGAAAGAGAAUAGAAGAAAAAUACCCACUGGACACCAUAGCUCCAUCCAGCUUUUUCAGUGGUUUUGGAAAACGUGAGCCACAUUCCCAAUCUCUGUUUGAGAAUGAUGAGGAUUUCCUUUCUAGUCCCGAUGUAACUGAUGACGAAGAUUACGACGAAGAUGAUGACGAUGAGGAAAUGUUUGAAGAAACGAAACGAAAGUUUGAUCGCAUCGGUACUUCCAGCAAUUUUGGCAAGUUCGGUAAACGGAGCGCUCUUGACGAGGACGAUCUGGAAGACGAUCAGCUACAAGGACCUGUCAUCACCCACCGUCCGUUUGCCAGGAUAGGAUAUCUUACAGGCUUUGGGUCCUUCGGGAAGCGCAGCACGAUAGAACCUUAUCUGGAUCUCCAACAAAUCGACUUGGACCCUGACAGCCCUGAUGGCGACUAUUCUACUGGUCAGGGCAAAUCAGUUUAUCCCGGGCCUAAAUGGAUCAGGUAUUUAGACCGCAUCUGUGGCCCUUUGAACAUACCUGUAAGGAGAGAUUCCUACAGGCUUGGUAGGUCUGAUCUUCAAGUCCCGCACCGGAUGUUCAAGCGCUUGGAUCGUAUUGGACACGGAUGGUUUUCUCGGUUCCGCAAGAGGUUCGGAUAUGAAACAGAACUGGCGCCACCCAAUGUCAGAGGAAGCUUGCACUACGUAUCUAUCUGCACCUUAGCCAUGCUGCUGAAGGAGUAUUACAGUGCCCUUGCUGAACAAGAAAGCGAGAAUAUUAUGGGAGCACGCCCAAGGAGAUCAGAAGACAAACGAUUCGACAGAAUAAGUUACGGACACUUUGCAAAGUGGGGCCGGAAGUGAGGGCAUUGGCCAAGAUGAGAGUUUAAAGACGAAGGGAAGCAGUGUCUACAUUUUUCGCAAACGCAAUGAAGAGCAGACACUAUUUUAUUUUUCUGAACACAGAUUAUAAGAAAUCCUUGUUGAAAAUGCCACGCAAAUUGUUUCUAAUUUUUCAGAUCUUUCCUUUUGAAUUUGGAAAGAAACAGAAGCAGUCUGUGAAUAGCGUGGUUCAUAGCAACAACCCAUGAGGCAAAAAUAAAUCAUAAAUAAAAAUAUAAGAAUUGCUGACACACUUCAUUCAAGUACUUUAUGGUUAUAUGGUGAUGGUCAUAAACUUGUUUUAAUUGCAGUACUUCAAAACGCUUGAACUGUAUUGAAAACAUUGUUUUUUGAGCUGAAAUGUUUUAGUGAUUUUGUUGUAUUUUUGCUUUGUACGUGUGAUGCAAGCUUUAGAAAUCUGAUUCCAAUUUGUUUGGUUAUAUUUCACAUACCUCCUCAGUUUUAUGUCAGUAUUUGAGCAUCCCUUUACUUGCGUUGUGAUAUGGACAUUCUAGAUUUCUGGUAGUUCUCACUUUCAUAGUUUGCAUAAAUAAAGACAUAUAUUUCCACAUAUGUUUAUUUAAAAAAUUUAAGGGAUGAAAAGUGAUUGAGCUACGAAUACAUAAAUUUAAAUUGUUUGAUUCUAUUUUGUUAGUGCCGAUCUCGUGAGCAUGACAGAUGUGGCUUAUGAAUACAUCUUUUGGUAACUGUCCUGCUUCAAGUUUUUGGUACCGUUAAUAGCAAUUUCGAAGAUUUGUCAGUUGUGUCCCUUAUUGCCAGUUGUAAAUCACAUAUCUUGCUUUUGUUGCACAUUGUGUUUUUGUCGGCUGCAAAAAAAAGUGACACUUGUUUUCUUAUUGUAUACAGGUUUAAAUUAUUUAUUGUUGACUUGUUAUUUAACAUCCUAUCUCCUUCUUCUCUCCUUUCUCUCUCUCUUUCUCUUUCAGCCUGCCUGUCUAUUUCUUUUUCUUACUUUCUUCGUCUCUUUCACAACAAUAAACAAACAAACUUAGCUUUGACUCCGUCAAGUGGACCAUACAAGCACUGUGGUGAUGAUAUUCAGCGAAACGCCUCUGUCUGCUCCUGGGUCGAGAAAAAGCAAACCUCGUUAUUAAAAAAAUGUUUCACACAG